UCCAUUUUUCUCCAGCUAAUCAAAAAGCACCGUCUCAUUUUCGCGUUUGCCUCCGAACAAUUAUUUUCUGUAAAUCAUUACAUUCUAACCUUCAAAAUGGCCGCCGCUAAAGACAGCUUUCUUGACCUGGAAAGGCAUCGGCAGAAGCUAGAGGAAAAUGUCACGAGACUUUCUAAUGCGCUUGACCACUGGAAACAAUGGAAGAAAGAGUAUGAAGCGCUGCGAGCCGAUGUAAAGUCGCUACCGUUAGCAGCUGGUCGGAAGGAGCUGAGAAACACCCGGGAAAAGUUCAAGGGCAAGUUAUUGAAUGAGAAGGAGCUCGUUGACGUCUUCGGGCGUGACGACUCGAAGAAGGUCGAGCAGAUCAUUAGUACGCUCACUAAUCGGCUGGAUUAUGUCUCCAAGAAUAUCGACACGCUUGGUAAGCAGCAUGAAGAGGCAGAAAACAGACUUGCUGCUGUCACAAUUGUUGCAAACCCAGACGCAACUGAUGAAGAUGGACUACCAAUCACCGAGAUAUUAGAGGAGCUGGACGACGACGACAAUAUUGUGUCGUAUAGCCUACGCACCGCAGGAGAUAGCCAACCCCAAGUCCUUGAAGCUCUUCGAAAAGCUGGAAUUUCUGAUUUUUCACCUACUGAUCCUACCCCGAUACCCGAGGACUCACAGAAGACGCAGGAUGGCAAAUCAACAACAUCGAAUGGUGACUUGAGUACAUCAAACCAGCAAUCUAAGGGACCCCAGGUGAAUGAUUCGCCAAAGGUUGCUCCAGAUGCGCUUAAUGGUUCGCAGGCCAAGGAGAAAGCGAAAGUAAAAUCUGCAUCUAGGAAGAAGAGCGUGAAAUUUAGCGAUGACACGAAAUCUGGAGAAGAGCUGGAGCAGUCGGAAACUGCCAAGAGACUGGAAGAGAUCCUACAAAAAGCUAAGGAUCAGCAGAGCAUAAUAUCAGACCCCAUUCUCCCUGCCGACGAAUCUAUGGAGGAUGCCGCACUGAGAGAAGAUAUGAUUCGUUACAACAAAGAGACGAUGGAGUUUGAGAUGGCUCCUAUUGUUGCCGAGUUGCAACUGGAAGAAGGAUCUACGGGUGACGAUACAGACGACUAUAGUGACUAUGAAGAGGAAAACGAUGACGAUGAAGACGAGUGGGGUAAGACCAAGCUCGCUGUUGAUGAUGAUUGGAAACGGCGGAUGCUAGAACUCAAGGAGAGGCUGAGCGACUAUACCUUUAGUAAGAACCAGGCAGCAGAUGACGAGGAAGAUAUGGUAGAAGGUAUUGGCCGCAUAAGCAUCAAACGUGAGAAUGGAGAUGCUUUAAAUGGCAAUGUCGAAAGUCUGCCAAUCGUCCCAUCCGAAGCCGAAAACCAGUCAUCAGCACAAGACAACAAGAAGAGCGUUAGAUUUGCCCAGAGUCUUGAUAUAGCCGAAGCGCCAGCGUCAGCUCCGGAGCGAGUGUCCCAGACACAAUCAAAGCAGCACGAGGUGGACCCAUUAUCCGACGUUGUGAUGGAGCGCAGUAGCAGCAGCAGGACAACACAACCGACAGCAGCACCAAGCAAGAAAGUAUCCCGGUUCCGAAAGGCGAGGAAUAAUGGGACCCCUAUAAAUACAACUCCGGUAGCCCUGGGUGGUACCCCUAUCAUGCCAGAUACACCCGAUGUCGUUGGACCUACCCCCUCAGGACCGGAAAACCAGACCCUGGCGACUUCUAUCUUGGAGCAUGAACCAUCUUCGGAAGCUAGGGAGCCGGACGAAUUCGAUGCCAAUAUGCUACAAAAGCAGGCUACAGAAGAAUACUACAAGAUGCGCAACAAGCUCAUCUACCAACAGGGCGGGUUCAUGAAGGAAGAUGAAAGUCCUAUCCAGCCACUUGAUGAAGAGCAGGGUGGACCAAAGCGGAUGAGUCGCUUCAAGGCGGCUAGGCUGGCUAAAUCUUAAAGAGGACCGAAGCCUUGCGUUAACUCGACCCAAGUGAUAUGCCUAGUUUUCGGAUCGUUCUGCGACUGCGGUUCGCAUUUGACCUGCAACUGGAGGUCUUCGUCGUUGAAGAGGUUUUAUAACAUGAGAUAAGCCUCGCAGGAGAUCGGUCACCUUGGCAAUUGGCAUGUAGACGACACGCGCUUGGUCCGUACCUAGGUAGCAUCAAUGCAUCACCCUAUUACGGCCAACAUGUCCUAAGACUCUCAACGAGUAUAAGAAAUCAAUAGGAAGCUAUCGACAAGAGGUAAGUUCAUGCCGUGUGCCCAACGUAAGUGGUUUUUGAUAUUUCUGUUUUUUAUUUUUUAAACUGCGGACAACCGCGACGGAACGCUUAUCAAUCU